AUGGAAAAAGUCGAUAUCAUAAAUAAAAAUGUAAAUUCAAAAAAUAAUAAUUCUCAUAAUAAUGAUAAUCAUGAUGAUGAUAAUAAUAAUAAUAUAAACAAUGAUGUGAUAUUUACUAAUUUUUGUACAAAUUCAAAUUCUGAGAAUUCUUUAGCCAAGAAAAUUUUAGAUUCAGAUGAUAUGUCCUCUGUAAUUCAUAAUUAUAAUAAUCAUAAUAAUAUUAAUUAUCAUAAUAAUAUUAAUUAUCAUAAGAACUAUCAUGAUGAUAAUAAUAUGAAUAAUAUAUGUGUGAAUAUACAAAAGGAAUAUUUAAACAAUAACAUAACAUAUCUUACAAAUUAUCAUCAAAAUAAUCAUCUUAUGGAAAAAACAAAAAAAAAAAAAAAUUAUCCAUGUAAUAAUUAUAAAGAUAAACAUACACAUUACCAAUAUCAUAUAUCGCAGAACAAAGACAUUUCGAAAAGCAAUGAACAUAUCGAUGAAUCCAAUUUUAUAAAAAAGGUAUCUUUUCAAUCCAAUACAUAUGAUAAUAAAAAUUACCCAUGUGAUCAAACGGAUACUAUUAAUAUUAUAUUUAUGCACAAAUAUAUAUACUUAAAAAAUUUAAAAAAAAGAAAUUAUUUCAAAAAAGUAAUUAUGGAAAAAUCUAAAAAUCAUCAACACAGGACAAGGAAUAAAAAAUUUACCAAUAACAUUGAUACUAAUCUUAAUAAUACAAAACAAUUUAUUGAAAAAUAUACAAAUGAUGACAAUUAUUAUAAUGUACUUAAUAAACACUUGCAAAAUAUAUAUAAUACAAUCGAAAAUAAUAAAUUGAAUAACUAUACAAAUAAAAUAAAUAAUCAUACGUAUAAUAUUAACAAAAAAAAUAUUAUAUUAUAUAAAAAACAAAAGAAAUAUAAUAUAUUUUAUAAUAAAUAUAUAAAAAGUAUAAAUAGGGAUCAUUUUAAAAAAUAUUUCUUCUUAUUAUUAUAUAGAUAUCAUAUCUCACGACAUACAUAUCCAAACUAUGUUUUUCCUGAUAUCAAAAUGGUAAAUACAAAUUUGUCUUUACAUAAAAUGUUUUAUUUUUAUAAGAAUUAUAUAGUUUAUAUGGAUCCUUAUUAUUCUACAUAUAUUAACAUUCAUAAUAAUAUUAAUUGUAUGAAAUUAAAAAAUACUACACAAUUUAAUACAUUAAAAAACAAAUUGUCUACAUAUAAUUAUACAAAUAACAAGGAACAACAUAAAAAUUUGAAUAAUACUAUUGAUUAUAAUGGAGGACAUGCUGAAUUAAAUAAUGAUGAUGCUCUGACACAAAUACAUAAUAUAAAAGAUGAUAAUAUUACAAAUGUUAAGAAAUGUACAAAUGAAUAUUAUAAUUAUAAUGAUAAUAAAAAUCAUAAUUCUUCUUGUAAUCAUAAUAUUAUCAAUUAUCCCAGUACAUCUUGCCAAAAUACAAAACAUGUAACAUUCUGUUUUAUUUCGGAUAACCAAUCAACCAAAAAAAAAAAAAAAAAAAAAAUUAAAAAAAAAAUUCUGAACGGCAAGGUAGAAUUGUCCGCCGAACCAAUAUUUGACAAAAAUAAAGACCAAGGUAAAAGUCAAAUAUUAUUUCAAAAUAGAGAUGAACAAAUGGAAUAUAAUAAUAUAUACACUAUAAAUAAGAACAAUAUGAUAAAUGAACUAAAAAAGAAAAAUAUUAAAAAAUUAAUGAAAAAGAAAAACUAUGAACACAAUUAUGAUAAUAAUAAUAAUAAUAAUAAUGAUAGCCAAACUAGCCAUUCAAAUGACAUAUCAAAUAAUUUAACAAGUCAUAAUAUUUCCAUUUCCGAAAUAUAUAAAAAUAGCUGUUUGAGAAAUUUGAACAAAAUAAGGGAAGUUACCGAUGAAAUUAACAUGCCAAAAUAUGAGAAGAAUGAUGAACAUCAGAUAUUGCAUGAUGAAAUAUUGUCAAGUAGCCAAUUAGAUAAAUGUGUACAAAAAGGAAGAAAAAAAAAAUUAGGCAACAUAAAUGAUGAAAAGACUUCUAAUAUUUAUCAUAUUAAAAAAAAUAAAGAUAAUGAUAAUAUUAGUAUUGAUAAGAUAAAAGAAAAUAACUAUUUUAAUAAUUUUCCUUUGGACGGUUAUCAUGAUAAUAAUAUAAAGAGCAGUUAUAAUUUUGAUGGAGAUGAAGAUGCCAUAAAGGAGGUGCAAAAAUAUAUAGAUUAUAUAAUUGAAAAUGAGGAUGUGGAUAUAUCUAAGAUUAAUAUCACAUUAAAUAAAACCUAUGUUAAAAUAAAUUUCUUUUUAAAGAAAUAUAUAUUACAAUAUGAAGAGUUUAAAAAUAGUAAUAUAUUAUUUUGCUUUGGAGAAUCAAGUGAAGAAGAGGUGUUAUCAGAACGAUGCACAUCAAAAGAAAACGUAAGUAACAAAAUAGGGAAUAUAAAUGAUGCAUGCGAUAAAACAAAAAAUGAUGAUUUAAUAAAUAAGAAGAAACCUAAACAACCAAAAAAUAGGAAAAUUAAUUAUGAUGCUAUAGAUACUAUGUGGCAACCUCAUUUUCAUCCACAUAAUCAAGAAUUUAGAGUACGAUAUAGAUAUAAAGGUAGUAUGAGAUUAAAAACAAUUUCUUGUAAACAUUUCGGAUAUUCCAAUAGUAAAAAGAUAUCAAUUUUAUUUUUGUUACGAUGGAUUUUAUGUGGUAAACAAAUAGCUGAAAAGACUAAGAGGUCACGACUUAGUAUAUGCGACAUAGACGAAGGUAGAUUACAGGAACUCUUAGCAUCCAAGAAACAAAAAAAAUUAUCUUUAGAUAUUCCAGAUGAUAAGAAGGAAAUUGAAAAACUUAUGUUAGAUAAAAAAAAAUCACUAAAAGUAAAAAGACGAAAAAAAGCUAUGUCAUUAGAUGAAGAAAAGGUAAAAAAAUGGUUUAGUAAAAAUAUGAAGAAUGAUGAAUUUUAUGAACGCCUUUAUAAAUUUAACAAUUUUGUUUUAAAUAAUUGUAAGGAUGAUAAAGUAUUAAACAAGAUAAACAAUAUAAUUUAUAAUUAUGAAAGUGAAAUGAAAAAAUGUGAAAAGGACGUUGGUAUAAAUAGGGUGCAUUGCGAUGAUAAUAAAUAUAAUGAUGAUAUUAAAUAUAGUGAUGAUAAUAAAUAUAAAGAUGAUAUUAAAUAUAGUGAUGAUAUUAAAUAUAGUGAUGAUAUUAAAUAUAGUGAUGAUAAUAAAUAUAAUGAUGAUAACAAAUAUAAUGAUGAUAACAAAUAUAAUGAUGAUAACAAAUAUAAUGAUGAUAACAAAUAUAAUGAUGAUAACAAAUAUAAUGAUGAUAACAAAUAUAAUGAUGAUAACAAAUAUAAUGAUGAUAACAAAUAUAAUGAUGAUAACAAAUAUAAUGAUGAUAAUCAUUACGUUUAUAACCAUUAUGAUAAUAUUAAACGAACCAACAAGAGAGGAAGAAAGAAAAAAAGGAAAUCUAAUGAAGAAGAAGAAGAAGAAGAAAAAAAAAAAAAAAACAAUAUGGAUCUUCCAUGUUGUGACAAGGACAAUUAUAUUAUAAAUAAGAAAUUAAAAAAGAAUCAUAAAAAAAAUAAUGAUACCAAUGAUACCAAUGAUAGUAAUAAUAAUAAUAAUAAUAAUAAUAUUUCAACAGAACAGCGUAUUCCAUUUUGUAUUGGUAAGCAAAAAGAGAUGUUUUUAAAAUUCUUUAAAACUAAUAUGAUUAAUGGAAAUAUUAUACAAAAUAAAUACAAAAGUAGUAAUGAUAAGAGUAAUAAUAUUAAGGUAAUUGAGGAUAUGAAUAAUAUAAUAUUAGAUGAAAACAUGUACAAUAUUGCAAAAAAUAUAUGUUUGAAUAACAAAAUGGAUGUAAAAAAUAAAGAAUAUGUAAUAUUAUCUGAUGAAAAUAACAUAAAAAGGAAUAAUAUUAUUAAUAAUAAUGAUAAUGAUGAUAAUAAUAAUAAUUAUGAUGAUGAUGAUGAUGAUGAUAAUAUAGUUUAUGGGAGCAAUAAACAUAUUAAUAAUAAACAACGUGUGAAAAAAAAGAAUAAUAAGAUGGUCACAAGUUGUGAUUUAUUAAAUAUUUUGUCCACAAAAAAUGAUAUAAAUGAUUUAUUUAUCAUAAACUCAGAAAAUAUACGUAAUAAAGAAAAUCUGAAGGCAGCAAAUAACUGUCUUACAGAAUUAAAAAAGUCAAUAUAUAUAAAAAAUAAAAAUAAGAAUAUGAAUAAAAUAAGAUACUCCAAUAUUAAUGAUAAUUUUAUUGAAUUAUUAAACAACGAAAAUAUUAUGAACAAUAUGAAAAUAAGUAAGGAUAAGGAGGAAAAGAAAAUGGAAGAUGAUAAUAUGGUGAAUGAUCAAACUAAUACUUUAAUAAAAACAAAGAAAAAAGACGAUAUUGAGGAUUCUAUGUUAUAUGCUGUAUAUAAUAGACUUUUUGAUUUAAAUAAUAAGGAAUUAGAAAAUGAUAAAAAUAUUAAUAUUCCAAAUUUAUCUACUAAUUAUGAUAAGGGUUCCUGUUUAUUAACCCAAUCAUCUGAAGAAUUAAAUAAAAAUCUGAUAGAUAAAAAUAGUUGUAAAAAAAUAAGUAACGUAUCUACAUGUCCAAGUUUGGGAAGGAAUCAUUUAUUAUGUAGGGACGAAAAUUUAAGGAGCGAUAAUAAUAUGUGUAGUAGAUCCUUUUCGCAUGUUUACAAACAAAAGAACUACGACAUUAGAAAUAAUGACGAUAUGAUUAAUAAUAAUAUAAUUAGUGUUUUGUGUAAUAAUGAAAAAAAAGGAAUGGAUAAAGAUAACAACAUUUCUUAUAUAUUAAAAAAUAUAAAGAACCCAAAUAUGUUCAAUAUGUUAUUUAAAAAAAAAAGUAACAAUAAUUUAUUGGACAUAAAAUCAAACUAUUAUGAUUAUAUGAAAGAAAUAGAAAUUGCUAAUAAUAAACAUUUAGAAAAGGCAUAUGUCGAAUUAUUGUUUAGAGAAUAUAUGAAGAUAAAUAAUAAGGACCUUAGUAAAAUUGAUUCAUCAAGAGGUUCUAUUAAAAAAUCGUCAUCGAAUAGUAUGGAUAGUAGUUACAAUCCUAAUAUGAAACAUAGGAAGAGCAAAAUGGUGGACAAUGAUAAUAUAAAUGAUAUAUGUAAUAAUAAUAAUAAUAACAAUAAUAAAAACAAUAAGAAGAACAAUAAUUAUAAUAAUAAUAAUACACCUGUUGAUAUGUGCGAAAAUAAUUAUAUAGAUACUCAUAAUAGUUGUAAUAAUAAUUAUAGUAACAAAAUAAAUUCCCUGGUGAACGAUGUAAAUGCUUACAAAAGAAUACUUGAGAAAUAUGAAAGUACUCAUGACAUGAAUAAUAAUAAAGAAAAAAUGAUUUAUCAAGCUGUCAAAGAAUUAAUCAAUUCAAAAGAUGUUUUACACAAGGAAGAAAAAAAACGAAAGCAAAAAACGGAUAAUAAAGAAAAUGAUUUAAUAAAUAUAUUAAACAUAAGAAAGUGUAAUGAUAUACAUGGUCAUGAUAAUGUUAAUAAUGAUGAUUAUAAUGUAAUUACGUCAACAAGUAGGAAUGUACAAAUGAAUAAUUUAUAUCAAGAAAAAAAAAAUUUAAAGGAAUCUGAGAAGAUACAUAAAAAAUAUUUAUCCCAUGUAAUGUAUGAUAAGAAAAAUUUCGAUUUAAUCAAAAAUUUUAUUGCUGCUAUAAAGAAUAAUACCUUACAACAAAAAGAAGAAGAACAAUAUAAAAAUCAUGAGGAAAAGGAAAAAUAUAUACACAACGAUACAUUAUAUGAAGAUAAAAUAAUAUCAAGUUUAUUAAAAAAUCCACAUAUUCUAAAUCAUAAGAAUAAUAUGAAUUUUAAAAAUUACAAUCAUUCGGAUUAUAAUAAUUCUUCUGAUAUAACAAAAGAAAAAAAAAAAAAUAUAAGUGUAUUUGACGAAAAUGAUGAUGAAAUAUUUACAUAUUAUAUGUCUUUAAAAAAUAAUUUACCUAAUAUAAAAAAUAUAAAUAAUAUUAAAAAUAUGUUUUGA